CGUUGACUGGCCACCUGCUUUGAUCCGUGUCCACAUAGUAGUCGAAAGGACACUGGGCGCGUCCCGACAGUGCUUCAGUGCCCGAAUGUGGCUCGCAUUCGAGUUGUCCGUGCAGAACGCUGGGAAGCAGCAAGAACAUCAACGCAGCACAGUUGAAUGGCAUGUCUGCGCAUCGCCGUAGCAUGCUUUCCGCUUGGGUUUCCACCGACUUCACGGGAGACACGCCACCACGUAUUUCACAUGAUGAGUAAGGACAGAAAGAAAUAUCUGGAGUACGCGGUGACGUCGGCUGAUAAUAAGUUGUGUACAUACAAGACGGUGAAUGGUGCUUCAAGCUCUGCAAAUUACGGUUUCGAGUACAACAAUGUGAUGCCGGGGUUCCACGUGCUUCAAUCCGAUAUUGACAACACAGGUAAAAUCAUGGUACAAUGUAACGGCACCGACAUCUGGAGCGCUAGGGAGACUGUUGACGGUUUCACCCUCGACGUUUUCAAGCAACUUGUCCUUCAUGAAUUUGGGACGCGACCUAGUGUAGACGCUGUUACUGACUGCGCACUCAUGGAAAUACACGUGAUCAAAACUGCACAGUCUAGCCCAUCGGUAUUUAACAACGCAGAGGACUUCCUAACGCCUACCAUAAAAUUGAGUCCGGGAGCCUACAUAACCUGGAUGGGCUCCGUCGACACCGACAACGCCGUCGUCAUCAAGGAUGACACCACGGAGCUGUUCAAGCACACAGGGAAGGCCCCCAAACUGUCCAUCAUGAUGAAGGUUAUGAGGGACAGCAUCAUCAUAGGCGAGGACGGCAAGCCUGCUAAGGAGGUUGCAGUGGACAGAUACAAGGUCACGGAUACAAUGAUGAACAGAUCCAAAAUCUGCGUCAGCAAGGAAUUCAAGCUCACCAACUGCUUCGUGCAGUCUGGGGUCCUCUCCGUUAAAUGGCCGUAGCAUCAGCUCACCUUCGCCUUCGGCAACAACGCUGGACGCACACCCGACUAACGACCCUGCGUUUGGACGAAACUUCACCCAACAGAGCAACGUGUUUAUUUAGGAAUAAACACCCACUUGCACGAGUGCUUUUAGA